CUCAGAGCUUGUAUAAGAUUUAGAAAACACUUAUAGAUUUCUAUUUCUUUAAUCUGUAAUUGUUCAUUGAAAUAUUAUAAACUGUAUAUACAUGCUUUUUGUAUAAAAUUUAAUUUUUCUAGCAUAUAUGUACGUGUAGUAUGUUUAAAAGAUUUUAGAAGCUAUUGUGAGAUAUUUUUGUACCAUUAAAAAAAGUAAUUUGGUCCAAAUAAAGAAAGAAUUAAAAAAAAAAAAAAAAAAAAAGGGUUCUGAAAGAUUGGGAAAAAUCAAUGAGAAAUUACUGCAAAAUUAGUACUCAUGUUAGUCACAUAUCAUUAAAAAUAAAAAAGGAACCAUAAGUAUAUAUUAAGUAGUAAAAAAUUAUUUAUUUUGUUUACAGAGCUUUUUUUGCCAUGUGUAUGAACAAAGACGACAAAAUAUUCAUGAACAAUUAAGGACCCAAAAAUAUCAAAGUAUUGUAUAUAAAAUGAAAACUUGAUGUUUCUAUUGUCAAAUAAAAUGAUUUACUGAAGAAAAAAAAAACAGAAAGAGAAUCUGUGAUGGUGAAAACUUAAUAUAAUAAAAUGCAUGAUGGGUUUUCACAGACUGUUUUGGCCCAAUGUAUUUAGUAGCAAUAAACUUCUCUUAUAAUAAUUAACCAGGUAUGAUAAUUGUUGGAGUCAUAGCAAAUAUGUAGUGCAUUCACAAUUAAUCUUCUUGUAACUAAUAGAUAUAUUUGGUUGGCAAACGAAAUUAUUAUUAAAAAAUAAUUUUAUUUCAAUAAUUUCAUGCCAAAAUUAUUUUAAAAGAAUAUUAGUCAACCUUAUCAUAAGGCGUAUGUGUCAAUUACUUAUAAUUGAUGUGAAUGUCAAAAUUUAACUCUUAAUUAGGCUUUUAUAACAAAGACAUGGUGUGUUAACUUGUAGUUAAUUAACAUAUAGAGUUUACGUAAAUUCAGAUAAGUGUCAAGUAUAAAUACCCUCAUCCUUCAAAGACUCCUCACUUUCUAGCGAAGACAUGAUGAAGUUAGCUACCACCUGGGUCAUUGCAGCUCUUCUGGUUUUUCAUGUUGCUGAAGCGCAGUAUGGAGAAUCUACAGUAAACUGGAACCGAACAAACCAUCAUGCCAUUGGUGGUUCUGGAGAAUUUGAAGGACAUAGAGGUGGGAGUGGUGGCUUUGGAGGUCAUUAUGGAUCAGGACAUGGUGAACAUGGAGGCAGUGGUGGUUCUUCAGGUGGUAGCUUUGGUGGUUCAGAAGGUGUACAUGGUCAAGGAAGUUGGACUGGAAGUUCAGAAGGAAGUCACACCGGGUCAGGACAUUUAGGUGGCAAUGGAGGUGGUAGUGGUGGAUUAGGUGGUGGCCUCAGUGGUUCAGGAAGUGGAGGCGGUCAUGGAAGUGGAAGUGGUGGCUUAGGAGGUGGUCACUCUGGAGAAGGUCAUAUUGGAGGCCAAGGAGGCGCUAGUGGUGGUUCAGGAGGUGGUCACUCUGGAGAAGGUCAUAUUGGAGACCAAGGAGGCGCUAGUGGCGGUUCAGGAGCUGGCAUCAUUGGUUCAGGAGGAGCAGGUGGUCAUGGAAGUGGCAGCAGUGGUCAUGGAAGUGGCAGCGGUAGUUAUGGUGGUCAUUACGGUGGAUCAGGAGGACUAGGCGGGCGUGGAAGUGGUAGUGGUCAUUAUGGUGGAUCAGGAGGAUUAGGAGGGCAUAGAAGUGGCAGUGGACAUCAUGGAGGAUCUGGAAGUGCAGGAAGACAUGGAGGAAGCAGCAGUGGUGGCCACAGUGGAUCAGGUGAUAAAAGCAGUGAUGAAAGUGAUAGUUCAAGUGGAAGUCACAGCAAAUCAAAAGAUAAGAGCGAUGAAAGCAGCCAUUCAGAUUGAAACCUGACUUAGCUGGUUGAUUGGAGUUGGACUUGGCUAUUUGUUUUUUGUGAAUUUCAAGUAUUUUUAAACAUCAUUUCUCUGAUUAAAAAAUAAAAUCAUUGUAUUUAUAUU